AUGAAUAUCAAUUACUUAUAUUAAUAAAUUGAAGACUAGGAUGAAUAGAUCGAGAAGGCCACUAAAGUUAUUGAAACACUUACAGCAGAAGUAAGAAUGCUCCCUAAUACAAGAUUGAAAACCAAUAAAAAGAAAUUAUAAAAUUGAAAUAUGAAAAUGAAUAUUUGAAUUCAUAAAAUAAAAUACUUGAAAAAGAAAAGUUCACACUUUUAAAAGAAAGCAAUAAUAUUGAUACCAUUAAAAAAUGUGAAAUUAGGCAAAAGCAAAUUAAUGUGAGUUAAAAGGAAAAAAUUGAGAAAUUCCAGACCUUAUGGUCAUAAUAGGAAUUGAAUUAUAACAAUACUAUCAUAGAAUUAAAUGAAAAUAUUAAGUAAUUAUAAUUGCAAAAUGAAGAAAAAUAAAAUGAUCUAGAUUUACUUUACAAACAAGGACAACAAUAAUAAUUAGCAAUAAAUUAAGUUAUGGAAAUAUUGGAAUAAAAGGAAUAGGAAUUAUAGUAAUUAAAUUUGUAUCUUAACAACCAAAAAGAAGAUUAAAAUAAUUUUAGUUCACAGUAUAAACAAGACAUAGAAAAUAUAAAAAAAUUCACUGAAAAUUUAUUUAUUUAGUCAGAUAAAAAUAUUAUUAUGUAAAUUAAUAAAAGUAAAAUUUCAAAGUAAGGUUCAUCAUACAAAGAUAUUAAUUAGACUCAUCAAAUUGCUUAGUAAUAUAAAGAAGAAUAAAAAGAUGAAUCACAUAUUUAUGAUAUUAUCUUGAAAUAAAGUAAAUAUAUUAAUGAAAUAUUUACUAAGUUAUAAAAUACUAUUUCAAAUGAAGAACUUUCAGAAUUUAUUGUUCAAGUAAAUUACAUGAGAUAACAUUUUGAAAUCUUAAAAGAUUAAAUUUAAGAAUUUAGUACUGAAAGAAAUAUUAUUUAUCAAGUAUUUUAUUUCUUAUUUAUUUUAGGCUUAUUUAAAUUUAGUCUAAUAAAGUAAAACUUAUUAAUCAUAUAUUGAAUAGUUAAUGAUGAUGAUUAAGAAUUACUAAAAUAGUAAAAACAAUAUUGAUAUUGAAGAAAUUAAUAAUAUGGAAUAUUUAGACUUUAACAUUCUUGAACCUAUUAAUGAUAAUAUUCGAAAAUUAUUAUAAAUUCAAUAACCUAUAUUGAUAGCCAAAGAUGAAGAGAGGAUGUCAUUAGAAAGGUCAAAUUUAAAGUUAUAGUAAAAAUUAGAUUAAAUUUAAUCUCAACAAUAGUAAUAAAUGCAAAAUUCUUAAUAAUCUUAGUAAUUAGUAUCUUUAUUUUAAAAUCCUAAAAAAUCAGUUAAAAAUAAUAACAAUCUAAAUAAGAUGGAAUCUUUGGAGAAGGAAAAUUUAUAAUUAAUUGAAUAAUUAAACGAGCUUUCAAAAGAACAUGAAGAAACUGUGAAAAUGCUUGAUAAAGCAAUAACAUAAUUAGAGCAUUAAACAGAAACUAUUUAGAAAUUUGAGUUAGAAUAAAAUAAUAAAAUUAAAAAUAAGAAUAGUUUUAUAGAAACAUAAUAGCCUACCACAUAAUUAAUAGAAUCGUAAAUUGAUAAAUUUUUACAAUCAUGUUCUGUAAAUAUAUUUUAUAUGAAAGUUACUGACACCUUUAAAAUCAUAACCUGACAAUAUAGUUCAAAAGACCAAUAUUUUAAUUGAUCUUGUUACAAUGCUAACAGAUUCUUAACAGUAAAAUAUAAUAAUUAUAUAGUGACAUUUUAUAAAAAUUAUUAGUAACUUUUCUGGUGACAAGAGAUAAUAAGAAAUUAUAAGUUUUUGAAAAAGAUUUUUCAACUCUAAAAUCUAUUAGACAUAAUAUUGGAAUAUUAGAUUAUUUAGAUUAAUUGGAAUGUUUAAAGAAUGAUUUGUUGAAUAUUAUUGAGAAAGAAUUGAAAUGUGAAUAUGCAAUACCAUAUGGAAAAUCUAUUCUCAUUUAAGUUCUUAAUUUCAUUGCUUAAAAAUAUAUGGAAAUAGUUUAAUAAGAUACUUAAUCAAUUGAAAAACAGAUGAAGAAAUAGAAAAAUCAUAUUAUAAUUUAUAAAAUGUACAAAUAAUGGAAAGAGUGCAUUUUGGAUUUUAGUGAAAUAAUAUUUGAGAUAAUAGAAAGUAUUGAUCAUAUAGGUCAACCUUAAUUUGAAAGUAAACUAAAAAAGCAAAUUGAAAAACUUAACUACAACUUCCUUGAUAAUUUUGAUGAUUGA